CAUUUUUCUUUCAUAUUAGUUCAAUAAAGAGGCCUCCAAAUGAUGGAAGAUAUAACAAAAAAUAUUAUAUUUACAAAUGCUCUUGGAGCAAAUGUACAACCUAUACAAUAUCAAACAGCUGAUGGCACUAUCUUAAAACAACCGAAAAUUGAGGGACAAAAGGAUCAACCUACCUUUUACUACACCACCACAAAUGGCAAUGGAGCCACCGUAAAUUUGGCACAAUUAGCCACCGAUGACAACAAGACCUGUUAUAUAGCCCAACCAGUAGGUGGCUAUAAUUAUGCCUUAGUCAAUGGCAUGCAAUUGAAUCAAUUAAAUCAGGGAGGUACUAUAGGUAUUGCCACCUUAGAUUCUCAAGGUAGAUUGCAAAUAGUCAAUCAAAAUAAACCUAUAGCAGCACAGUCUUUACAGACUAUAUCGCCCAUACAAAAUACUAUCUCCAAUAUAAGUUUUAAAUGUGAUGUUUGUGGUUUAAUGUUUUCACAUUUGGCUUUAUUGAAUCAUCACAAACGUAUACAUGCUCAAGAUGGUAGUGAUCAGCAACAUCAGCAGUCUCAGCAACAGGAAGCAAUUGUAGUUAAUGCUCAAGGUUUAGUGCAAACACAAAACAUUAUAACCGAAAAUGGACAAAUGGGACAAAUACAAAUUGUGGCCACAGAGUCUUUAGAACCACAAGCUGUUUUGCAACAACAACAGCAGCAGCAACAACAAUUACAACAACAACAAAACCAGCAACAACAGCAGCAGCAAUCACAAAACUCAAAUGAGGUGCAAUUAAAUAAUUCCAACUCUAACAAACAACUGAAACUAGAACAAAGUAAAUGCAGCAGCUGUGGUGUACAAAUACUCCAACCUGUCAAACGUAAAGGACCAAAAAUUAAUCGUUGCGAUUCAUGCCUACAAAACGAUCAAGCCCAACAACAGGCUGCCGCCCUAGCAGCUGCCCAACAAGUAACACCCACACAAAUUUUUGUAGCACCCGAUGGUGAAAUUAAAUUUGAAAUGAAUGAACUACAAAGUGGUAAUUCGGAAUCAUCUAUGGAUUCUCUAAAUGCCCAAAAUAUGUUGCAAAAUCAUUUACAACCGGUACAAAUAAUAUCUACAAAUGCUCAGGGUCAACAAGUACAACUGGUGACUCAGUCAAGUAAUCAGCCAGCGACGACAUCGACGGUAACAGCAGCAAAUAUAAAACGUGAGAAUUCCCAUGGUGGCACAUCUUCACAACCGGUCAAGAAAAAGUAUACUCAACCUAAGGUGACAAAGUGUAAUAAGUGCAAUGGUUCGGGAGUGGUAUUUGCCGGUUCAGGAGCACCAGCCUCUAAGCAACAGUGUUCAGCGCAAACAACAGUGAAAACAGAAAAUCCAAAACCUUUCACAUGCAACAUUUGUGGUGGAACAUUUUCCCGCUAUUCAAGUUUAUGGUCUCAUAAAAAGCUGCACAGUGGUGAGAAAAACUAUAAAUGUAGUAUAUGUGGUUUAGCCUUUGCCAAGGCAGUGUAUCUGAAAAAUCAUGCACGCAUACAUACCGGAGAAAAACCCUACAAAUGUCAAACUUGUGGCAUGCAAUUUUCACAAUCUCCCCAUUUGAAAAAUCACGAACGUACACACAGCGGUGAACGACCCUAUGUGUGUGAAGUAUGCGAUAAAGGCUUUGCACGUCAUGCCACACUCUGGAAUCACCGACGUAUUCAUACCGGUGAAAAACCCUAUAAAUGUGAUAUAUGUGGUUCAGCAUUUUCACAAGCGGCUCAUUUGAAAAAUCAUGCCAAAGUUCAUUCAGGAGAAAAACCCUUUAAAUGUGAUAUAUGUUCGGCAGCAUUUGCUGAUCGUUUUGCUCUGAAACGUCAUCGUGGUAUUCAUGAAAAAUAUGGACAAACAGCGCCACGACAACCAGCUCAAGUGCCACAAACACAACAAAAUCAACAAGAUAGUGCGUCUGGCGGUGAACGACAGCAAAUGGUUAUACAAAAACAAGAAUUACCCGAUAUCGAUGAUGAUGCUCAGCAUGAGGUUAUAAUAUCUGGUUUAUAGACAAACUCUAGCCGAGGAAGUGCUGUAUAUAAUACGACAAGUAUGACUGCGACGACAUAUCAACAUCACAACCCACAAACACAGCCAACGCAACAAACAUCACAAAUUGUUGCCACAUCUAAUACUAAUUCUACAAUGUCAUCGACAACUGCCUCAUAUUUACAUAAUUAUCAUCCUUUACAACAUGCCGAUGUAACGCCAGUCUAUUAUCAACAUCAUCAUCAUCAACAACAGCAGCAGCAUCAGCCACAACAACAGCAGCAUCAACCUCAAACGAAUAUUAAUGCCAAUAUGGCAAAUAUUACCGAGGUGAUUUCUAUAAAUUCUUCAGCUUCUAGCACCAUUUUAACACCACUCGCUAAUAAGCGGUAAUUGUAUGAAGGAGUUUAAUUAUUAAGCUGAAAAUUUAACCAAGAAACAACUGGAUUAUCACGCAUAAAAAUGUCUGGUUUCUCUAAAUAUACACUGUGGCCCCCCGCCCCCCGCCCCCCCAUUCGAUGAUUGAUUUUUUGACCCUAUUGGUGCUCUUGCCGUUUCACUUCCAAAUGACUCGUUAAAUAAACACUUUUUGAAACCUUUUGUUUUCUUUAACCAAAUGUAAAUAAAUUUAAACAAGUAGUACUACAUUUUAAGUAGUACUAACUAUUAGUCUAUAGAAAAUUCUUUUUAAUUUAGUUUUUAAUUUUAAGCUUAGCUUUUCCUUAAAUUCUUCUCAUUAUUUUUUUUUUUUUAAUUUCUUUUUAUUUUUCUCUACUUAUAAGAGUAUUAAGCUAAAUUAUUAAGAUUAAACAAAGUUGCUUGACAACCUAAAACGUAUAUAAAAAUAAAAACAAUUAAACAUAAUUAUUUAAUAAAAAAAAACAAUUCUACGCAUACAUCAUAAACCUUCAAUAAUUAAUAUUUAACAACUAAAUUAAGUUAUACAUACUUCCUUUUACUUUGUAUAAAUAAAUAAAAAUUUAACAAAA